AAACUUAGCUUUUUGACAAAAAGUUGCUCAUCACUUCUUGCUUAUUUGCUAAGUUUUCCAGAAAUCGUACAGUGUGGAAAUCAAAGAACAGAGACGAUGUCGUUUUGUUUCCAUGUACGAGGUUUAUAGCACUGAACACUGAACACUCAACCACACUCCAAUCCAACGUCUCAAUUCUCUCCACCACCACCAUCAUGUUCACACUGGCCACCAUAGAAGAAAAGAACAAGAGGAAAAUGUGUGAUCAGGAAGUGAACCAGCCUCUCUCACCUUCACGAUCACCAUCAAAUCCUCCUCAAUUUCAACUUCACCCAAGCACCCCAGAGAAGAUCCCAAGCCCACACAUUCAGAAACGAAUGCAAGGAGACACUUGCUUCAAGUGUCACCAACAAGGUCAUUGGAGUUGGUUUUGCCCUUUGAACUCCCCCAACAACAAGCCCCUCUCAUCAUCAUCACACUCACCCACUCACCACUCCCCUCAGAACAUUCACUGCCGUUGUGGCUACGGUUUUUGCAUCAUCAAAACCUCCAACAGCGAGAGAAACCCGGAUAGGAAGUACUAUUCCUGCCCCAUCAAAAGGGGGGCACAGUGUAAAGGGUAUGGAUUUAUGAAAUGGUGUGAUGAGCCUGUUGAUCAGAGUGAUUUGCAGCCUCCGUUGUUCAAGUACCCUGAGUGUGAAUGCAGAGCUGGAGUGUGUCGUAGAGUGAGGGGAACAGAACAGAGUACCAAUGCGGUUAAGUACUAUUUUGAGUGCCCUGUGAAAAAGGGUCAUGGAUCAUGUGGAUACCAAGUGUUAGAGGAUGAAGUGCUCAACAACACAAGCAUUGCUCAUGUCCGACAAAGCAUGUCUGAAGAUUUAGUGCUCAACAACACAAGCAUUACUCCUAUCCGGAAAAGCAGAGAAGGACUGAAAGUGGAAGGCAAAGAGGAGAGAAAAGGAUUCAGAGAGCUUAAGGAUUUCUUCAUGGAUUCUGGCAUGAAUCAAGCUAUGACUUCUUUGUCUGCUGGGGUCACUGGUGUGAUUAAGUUCAACGGUCUUAACUAUGCUGAUUGGUCGGAACAGAUUCAGUUUCAACUGGGUUAUAUGAAUUUAGACCUAGCAAUAGUUACAGACGAAAAGCCUGCAGCCAUUACUGAGACCAGUACGAAUGAUGACAAGUCUUAUUAUGAGGCUUGGGUAAGGUCUAAUAGGCUGUGCUUGAACUUGAUGAGAAUGACAAUGGCUGAAAAUGUUAAGCCAUCCAUGCCCAAAACAGACAAUGCAAGGGAAUUUAUGGCAAAAGUUAAGGAGUUCUCACAAUCAGACAUAACUGACAAGUCCAUUGUGGGAACUCUAAUGAGUGAGUUGACGACCAAAAGGUUUGAUUGGUCUCAACCAAUUCAUGAUCAUGUGACUAGCAUGGCAAAUCUGGCAGCAAAGCUGAAGUCCAUGGGUAUGGAUGAAAUUAAGGCCAUGUUGAUUCAGGAGGAAGGGAGAUUAAAGAAAGAGAAAGACCACUCAAUUCAUCUCACGACUCAUGAUGGAGCUAGUAGCAGCAAGGCUAAACCAGGUAGAAAGGAACAGAAGAAGGACAAAGCCUUAAAAGUUAAAGAGGGUCGAAUCCAUAAGGAGCAUGUGUGCUACUUCUGUAAGAAGGCUGGACACUUCAAGAAAUAUUGUCCGAAAAGAAAGGCUUGGUUCGAAAAGAAAGGGAUUCCUUUCGAUCCAUCCCAUAAGAGGAACUGAAAAUUUUCUGUACAUGGGAAACAAGAUGAAAGCACGAAUUGAAGGAAUUGGGACUUACAGAUUGAUCUUGGACACUGGUCAUCAGUUAGAUCUAGAAAAGUGUCUAUAUGUUCGUGGAUGUGCUAGAAAUCUUGUUUCAGUAGGAAAGUUGGAUCGUUUAGGUUUUGAUUUUAAGAUUGGACAUGGUGGUUUUUCUUUGUAUAAACUUGCGUACUAUUAUGGUUCUGGUACUUUGCUGGAUGGUUUAUACCGUUUCAAUCUUGAUGUUAAUUUUGUUGAA